UGAGGAAGUUUUCACUUUAGGUGUGUUUGAUGAUAAUUACAGGGGAAACAACAGAUAUGAUGUGAUAUACUCUACAUUCAUAGUGUUGGAUGGAGUAUUAGUAGUCGAUUUCGUGAGCCGGAUGUCACACACUUGAAAAACAAUUAGAUCUUACCCACGAUUCAUUCCGCUACAUGUUAUCGUAAACAAAGGUUUAUUUAAAACAUUAGUAAUUUUAAAAGUUACAGUAAUAAACUUUUCAUUUUCUUUUGAAAUUGUGUAUUCUAUCUUAAUAAACAAUAAUUUGGAUACUAUACUAUAUAUAAAAUGUCAAGGAAUAUUUCCUCUCAGUGCACGGUAAUUUUGGCUAUAUUAUCAACAGUGAUGAUGACAGGCAACGGAGUAGUUCUAGACUGUUAUAACACUACAGUUUCGGAGUACGACGGCCAUCAGCAGACGACUGUUAAUGGAAUACCGUGUUUACGAUGGGAUCAGUCUAGUACAUACAAUGCGAGUGACUUCCCAGAUGCCACAACGUCAGACGCAGCUAACUUCUGUCGUUCUGUACGACAUAACGAACCCUGGUGUUUAAUAUCGGGAACGUGGGACAGGUGUGGUAUCAAUAAAUGUGGUAACGAUGGUUUGAGUAAGUGUGGUCAAUUGACUAUUGACAAACCCACAAUACUAGGACGGUAUGUCGAAUUUUCUUUUUCCCCCGACAUGUAUGAUCCAAAUGCAAUUCUUGAAUGGCAGCGCAGCAUGAAUGGAAUAGAGCAAUGGAAAACGCUUCCUUUAAACAACAAGUUUAUACAAUAUGAGAAAAAUAGGAUUUACUACCUGAUUUUAACUGACAGUGAGAAAAACCAAGACGAGGGAUUUUACCGUAUUCAUUAUUAUAAUGAGACUAUACAUUGCUGGAUGAACGCUGGGGAACUUACGCUUGAAGCUAUAAACAAUUCGUGUGGACUCGUCUACCUCAGAUCUGAAAAGGUGAUUGUUAAUGGAACCGUGAAAAUCGAAUAUUAUCCGUCAACUGAUGUGAUGCAAAAUAGUUCUAGUUUCGAACGUAGAUGGAUACAUUCCGUCGGAGGGAAACACAAAAUAUUGUCAUUGGUUGGUGGUAGUUACGAAGAGACAUCUGAGCAAAAUAAUAAAUAUGUGUUGACAAUAUUCAUGUUCAAUAUUUCUAUGAAUGGAGAUUAUGGUGUUUAUUGUGGCUCUUCCGCAAGAUACACAGAUUUUAUAACCGUGAAAUUACCAGAUCCACCAAGUGUACCUGUAAUAGUAGGUCUACAAGACAUAGAAAAUUGCACUGACUGUGUUGUUGGUGAGGAUAAUGAGAUGUUCAAACUUGCCUGUGAGAUACACGGUGGCUCCCGUCCUCUAAACGUUACCAUGUAUAUUGGAAAUGAGACAAAGCCUCCUCAAAAAUUGAAUUCAACAACUUUUAUGGUAUUCUUCACGGUUAGGGACCACCAUCACAUGGAAAAUGUGAUAUUUUCCGUCAUGAACGAUGCAUUGUCGUCACCUUUAAGUGUUACUGCUAAGAUGUUUGUUACAAAACCACCAACGUUUCAAUUUUCGGUGCCGGAAAUUCUAAGAAACGGAGAAGCUGUUAACAUCACAUGUACGUUGAAUGAUGGAAGACCCAAUCCGAAUGUGUAUUUAAGUAUUUCUGGUUCAGAAGUAUCGACUGCAAACUCACAUUAUUAUAAUUCGACUACAUCUUUAAAUACCAACAUUAUCACUUUGACCACAUUCAAAAUAGAAUGGAACAAAGAAAACAUCACGUGCUGUCGAUAUAACGAAUGGUACAAAAUUGUGCGGGACUGUUCACCACCAAAACAAGUUAACUAUCUUUUUCCUCCAACGGAUGUGAUGUUAGAAGUCAAAGUUGAUGCAGACAGUCAAAUGUAUGCUAUUUGCACUGUGUAUAGCUCGAAUCCAGUCUGCAACGUUCAGUUUAAAGCUCCAAAAGGUAUCAUCGCAUCAGAAAAGUCUUCAGAGAAUAUAAGUUUACCCCAUGGUGCGUGGAAUACUGUGUAUGAAGUAAACUUGAAUGUCAGUGAAGAAAACAAUGGUACAGAUGUAACGUGUAAAGUUGAGUGUGACGAGUUUCCUGUUGACCUUACAGACACUGUCAAAAUACUUCUGCCUUUUAUAAAGUUCAAUAUAUCUGGAUCGACAUUGAAUAUUUCUGAAGGAGAGCGGGAACAUGUAAAAUGUGAAGCUGAAAGCGUUCCCGCCUCAAAUAUAUCAUGGAUUGAAGAGUUAAGUAAUGAAAACAUAACAAAGAAGCAAUGUGACUUGUCACCAAACUGCGUAUUAAAUAUUGAUACUGAUGAAGUUCCAAACAGACGUUUUAUGUGCCAGGUUUACUAUCAGACAAAAGUUUAUCACAAAUAUCUGACUGUACACAUGAUAGAAAAAGCCGAUAAAGACAGUAAAUACAAUGAUAAACAGAAAGAAGCUGGCCAAGACUCGGACAAAUCCAUAAUUUGGAUAAUACUUGGUGCAUGUGUACUUGUGGUCGGUAUCAUUGUCAUAGCGGUCUUGUUUGCUGUCAUCAGGAAAAAACGCCUAAAGUCUACAGAAGAGAGGGAACGCCGGGUAGAUUAUCACAAGCAUGCGGGAGAUAAAGUAUUUUCUCAACAAAACCCGGAGGUUCGUCCUUUGGGAAAUCUUAAUCAGAAUGCGCAUGCGCUUGAGAACGAGGCAGAAGUACCUGUAUAUUCUCAACCAGUCAAAAAGAAAACGAUUAAAGACUCGGACAAUACAUAUGCGCAAGUAAACAAAACAGGAGCAUCAGCUUCUUCUUCAAAGACGGAAAAGCCCCAACAUGCACAGGACGGACAAUUACUAUAUGCUGAUCUUGACUUUGAUCCAAAUGAGACUCCAUCAAAAGCAGCAGUUGCCAACCGGCGAGAUACCCCUACAGAAUAUGCCGAUAUAGAUUAUGUGAAGACAAAAUCUAAUAAAGGCAUUGAUGAUACUCCUAAGGAACAAGACAAUAUUUAUGCAAACCAGUAGAUAUAUUUGAUAGUCAUGACGUAUGUGUCAUUACACAAAUCAACUUUUCACACGAAACACUAUAAAUAUUAGCAUGUGUAUGCGAGUGUUUGUCAUGACUUAUUGCCAUAUCUUAAGAUUUAAUCUGUCGUGAAAUUGAGUUAUUGAACUUUGAUGAACUGCUUUUUGUGUUAUGUGUUUUUUCUAUGUUUUUUGACAAUGUUUGUUGCGCAUGCACAUUUAACUGAUAAUUGCAAAAAGAAUAUUUUAUCAUUAAUCAAUGUAGUUAUAUUGUUAAAACCUUUAUUUAAGUUUCACUUGCUAUUUUAUAAAAUUGACAACUAAAAAGUCA